AGGAUCUCUCCCUCUAACCAUAUAUACAAGUCUCACUAACUUUGUUCUGCCCACUUUAUCCACAAAGCCCUGAAAGAUCGAUGAUGAGUCACUACAGAAACACCAUCUCUGUUGUUUAUCUCUUGUUUUGUCUCUCCAUCACAUCUGCAUCUGUAAGUUCCGUCAUACGACAAUUCACUGAUGACUCCAACACCAGUCUGCAGCAGGAGGUCGGAGCAGGACCAAUCCCAAACCUGGACGAACCUAAUUACUUAGAUAACUAUCAUGGGGUCUCAUCACGUGACCAUAAAGUCUCAGCCUCAAACACAACGAAGGGUCUACGAACUCGUGCUCCGUCGAGUUACUCUGUGAAAAUGGAUUCUUACACUACGCUCCUUGAGUCAAACGUUGGCGGCUACUACCGGACUCGUCCCUUUUGGGCUGAUGGAUACAACUGGACGAUGCGUGUGUACCCAAACGGAUACUAUAGAGAAAAUGGUACAGGGUACCUUUCGUUAUACGUAGAAACGCACUAUACGACUACCAUCCCUUCAGGCGAAGAGGUUUACGCGGAUGUCAGGUUUUAUAUCUUCAACAAGAACGAGAAUCAGUACUUUACCAUCCAAGGUACUGAUUUGUUGCGAAUCAGGUCCUUCGGCCUUCCGCGGGGAUUCUCUCAAGUGAUCCCUGUUAAUACCUUCAAAGACUCGACAAAUGGAUACCUCUACGAUGGAGAUCACUGCGAGUUUGGUGUCGAUGUGACAGUUCCUUCUCUCUUUGAAAAAUCAGAACUUUUCACUGUCACCAAAGACUUCUCUAACCCGACCUUCACAUGGGCGAUUUCGGGAUACUCCCACCUGGUCGAAGAAUAUUACCACUCAGAUAGGUUCACCAUGGCAAAUAGAGAAUUCUAUGUACGAGUGUAUCCAAAUGGUGGUUUCGGCGAAGAAGGAAAAUCCUUGUCCGUUUUUCUUUUCCUUGUUGGCCCAAGAAGCGAACCCUAUGAUGGUGUUUUAGUUAAAGCCAAAAUUCGAGUUCUUAACCAACACCCAUCCAACAACAUCCAAGUGAACCUCGAUGGCUGGUACGCACAAGGAGUUGCCUAUGGAAGCCAUAAUUUGGUGCCUCUAGCUUAUCUGAGAGAUUCAUCAAAGGGUUUCGUUGUGAACGAUGUGUUGAGGGUUCAAAUCGAAAUGGACGCCAUUUCAGCAACCGAGUACUUCCCUAAUUAGAUUGUCUCUAAUUAACCAUCUUCAUGUCUUUACUUUGUCAUCAACUACAUAAAAUAAGAUUCUGUGUUUGUGCUUCAAAUAAAUGUGGUUUUUUUUUUUUGGGGGG